GUCUCGCUGGAGGUCACGCUAGAAAUCUUGCUGACGGUCUCGCUGGAGAUCACGCUGAUAGUUUUUCUAGAGGUCUCGCUGUCGGUCUCACUGGAGGUCGUUUUUUCUGGGAGUUGUGCUAAUGGUAUCGCUGCCCGUCUCGCUGGUAAUUUUGCUAGCGAUCACAGUGACGGUUUCACUCGAGAUCACGCUGACGGUCGUUCUGGAGGUCUCGCUGGAGAUCACGUUGAUGGUCUCGCUGACGGUUUCGUUGGAGAUAGUUUCGCUGGAAGUUUUGCUGAUGCUAUUGCUGCUGGUCUCGCUGAUAAUUUUUCUAGCGAUCAUGGUGAUGGUAUGGCUGGAGAUUUCGCUGGAGAUCGAGCUGACGAUCUCGCUGGAGAUCACGCUGACGAUCUUUCUGGAGGUUUCGCUGGUGAUUACACUGACGGUUUUUCUGGAAGUCUCGCUGGAGAUCGAGCUGACGAUCUCGCUGGAGAUCUCGCUGGUCAUCACGCUGACGAUCUUUCUGGAGGUCUCAUUGGAGAUCAAGCUGACGAUCUUUCUGGAGGUCUCGCUGGUCAUCACGCUGACGAUCGUUCUGGAGAUCUCGCUGGUCGUCACGCUGACGAUCUUUCUGGAG